AAUGCGUUACGUGGCCGCUUACCUCCUGGCUGUGCUCGGUGGCAACACCAGCCCCUCCUCCAAGGACAUCAAGACCAUCCUGGGGAGUGUUGGAAUCGAGGCCGAAAAUGAGCGCCUAGACAAGGUAUGGCACCAUUUAGGGAGAUCCUGUCUUGUGUUUUGAUAAGAAACUGAGUUACUUUUGUUUACUUGGACACUUGCACGAUGGAGGCCUCGGUUUACACAGUAACUGGUGAUAAUUAGAACCCGAAUUUGUCUUCACAGGUUGUCGCUGAAUUGAAUGGAAAAGACAUCAAUGAAGUCAUGAACUCUGGUGAGGCAUUUUCCCUUAUGUCUUUGAUUUGACUCGUGAGUUCAUACAAGGUCAUAGCUACAGAAUGGUUAAUGUUACAGAUUGGCUAAAGGAAAGCCUCGCAAGGACUGUCAAUUUAUUGGGAAAAAAUAGAAUUACAGGGGGCCAUUUGGAAAAAAAACUAAUCCUGUCUGAAUCGUCCUCUGGAAUAACAGACAUUCUGGAUUAAUAAUUACAUAACCAACGUUCUCUAGUAAUACUAGUCCCGUGCGAAUAGGUCUUUGGUCACAUGCAUGCGAUGCAUACAUGUGUCACGUAAAGAGCGCAAGGGUUGAGGGAAUAGGGAAUGCUUUUCCUAAACAAAUGAGGAAUUUCGGUAACAGAACUUUUCAGUCAGAAAUGGCUGUAAUUAUGUUGCAGUUUUUCCAACAUGGACAGCGCGAUAAACACGUUGAUGUUCUGUGGCGGUCGCUGCAGCAGGGAGGAGAGAGGGACAAUGGGUGCUAGUCACAGUCACUCGCUGUCUUUUUUAUUAAUUUUUAUACACAGCACAGCAGGUCUGAGCCUGGCACAAUCAAAUCAAUUGCUGGUUGGACUCCCUCUAGUCAUUUGUGUCUUAAUUAUUUAAUCAAACCAAACCGCUUAAAGCAUCAGACAAGCUCAGUGAAUAUAGUUGACUUGAUUAAAACAAAUGUGUCAAUAUAUGGAAAAAUACACCUUGAAAAAUGUUGAUCAAUCGAAUGGUUGAAAAAACAGACGAAUCUUGGUCGACAAAGAUUUAUUUUGUGUCGGGGACAUCCCUACUUUGGUCAAUAGAUUGCAAAUAGGCACAAAUGUCAUCAGUCAUUAAUUCACUGUUCAUGUUAAUUUAUUACCUGUCAAUGAAUUGGUCCUUUAUGCUUUGCAGGCCUCUCUAAGUUGGCCUCCGUGCCAGCAGGUGGUGCUGUAGGAGCUCCUGCUGCUGCUGCUGCAGCUGGGGCUGCUCCUGUUGCUGGUAAGCUCUAAAUCUCUCAUGUCUCUCCUUUUGUCUCGCAUCAGGUUCCACAAUAAUUAUAGGGAGCCAAUAAUUUCAAUGGACUGAAACACAUUUCUUUGAAACGAAUUGCAUUAACCACUACGGGAUCGGUGUCCCAUAUACGGGACGGUUGAGCUAACGCGCGAUAAUGUAUUAGCAUGACUGUUGUAAGUAACAGCAAACUUUCCAGGACAUAGACAUGUUUUAUAUGGGCAGAAAGCUUACAUUCUUGGUAAUCUAACUGCACUGUCCAAUUUACAGUAGCUAUUACAGUGAAAAAAUACCAUGCUAUUGUUUGAGGAGAGUGCACAACAACAAAAAAACUUAGCACAGCAACUGGUUUGAUACAUUCACCUCUGAAGGUAAAUAAUGUACUUACAUUCAGUAAUCUUGCUCAGAUAUGUCAUCCUAAGUGUCCCAGAGAUAAAAUGUAGCAUAGUUUUGUUUGAUAAAAUCAAUUUUUAUAUUCAAAAAUGUGGGAACUGGGUUCUACAGUUUGAACCCCGCCAGGCCAUCUAGAUGUGUGAAAGUUAGUGUAUAAGCUAAUGAUCCAUCAUGUAUGACAUUCCUGGGAGUGUGUAAACUUACAUUUUGUAUUACCGUAUCAUUUUUGUAUGUUCUCUAUAGUUAUGUACUUGAAAAUGUAUCAAUUGACCAAUUCCUCACAUUUGGGCAGACUUGAAAGAAAAUAGUCCAGUAUUGCAAUACUUUACUGGAUCAAUCUGAAACGUUGCACACACACUGCUGCCAUCUAGUGGCCAAAAUCUAAAUUGCGCCUAAACCACAAUUAUAGCUACAUUUUUACAUUUUAGUAAUUUAGUAGAUGCUCUUAUCCAGAGCGACUUACAGUUAGUGAGUGCAUACAUUUUUUCCGAACCCACAACCCUGGCGUUGCAAACGCCAUGCUCUACCAACUGAGCUACAUCCUGUGGCCUUUCUCUUGCAUUUCAAAGAUGAUGGAACAAAAAAUAAUAGAAAACGCAUGUUUUUUUGUUUGUUUUAUCUUUUACCAGAUCUAAUGUGUUAUAUUCUCCUACAUUAAUUUCACAUUUCCACAAACUUCAGCGUUUCAAAUGGUAUCAAGAAUAUGCAUAUCCUUGCUUCAGGUCCUGAGUUACAUGCAGUUAGAUUUGGUUAUGUCAUUUUAGGCAAAAAUUGAAAGAAAGGGUCUGGUCCUUAAGAGGUUAAAUAACAUAUUUAGAGGAAAACGCUUGUGCUUGAUAUUACACUGUUAUUGCAUUUCUUGAAAUUAACUAUGCGUUUUGCGGAUAGACUCCCAAACAUGAAGCUAACCUAUGUUUGUGCUAUGUGUGUCUGCAGCGGAAGAGAAAAAGGAGGAGAAGAAAGAGGAAUCUGAAGAGGGAUCUGAUGACGACAUGGGAUUCGGCCUCUUUGAU